UUAAACAGAUGCUGCACUUAGAUUGCAACCAGCGCAUCACACCCUUGGAGGCUCUUCGGCAUCCCUUCUUUGACUCCAGCCUCUCUCAGAAUUCCUCCAGAGAUGCUUGCAUUGACAUGCAGAACAAAGAAGACCAAAGCCUGGUUCCAAAGCCUGGUUGCCAAUCAAAGAGCCCACACAGCAUUGACUGUGGUGUCCAAAACCCAGUUAAAUUACCUGAACAAACACCGCUCAACAUGUCAGUCAAAAAACCAUAUGUCCUCCCCAAUGAUCUUGAGAUUGCGGAAGGAACCAUGCUGGGAAACUCCUACAAAGUGGAGAAUUUCCUUGGAGAGGGCAGCUUUGGUUAUGUAACAAAAUGUCUCAAUACCCAAACCAACAAAGCAGUGGCUAUCAAAGUCAACAGGAAUGACCCUGAAAGUCUGGAACGGGCAAAAUUGGAAAUGUUCAUCCUCGAGCAGCUGCGAUGCUUGGAUCCAGACAGGUGCAACAUUGUGAAAUGGAAUGGUUUUUUCCUCGACAGGGAGCGUAUAUGCUUAAAUUUUGAACUACUCGAUCAAAGCCUAUUUGAUUACAUGAAGGACCGCAACAACCAAGGUCUUCCCAUAAGUGAGCUGAGGCCAAUUUUAUAUCAGCUGACAAAUGCCCUGUCCCACCUGAGUUCCAUGGGAAUAGCACACACUGACCUGAAACCAGAUAAUGUGAUGGUUGUGGACCGCCAUCAGUCUCCUAUCAAAGUCAAAAUUAUCGAUUUUGGACUGGCCCGUCCUGUGUCUUCAUUGAAUCCAUGUGACAAUCUGCAGACUGCUUGGUACAUGGCACCAGAGGUAAUGGUCAGUGCUCCAUUUAAUCAAGCCAUUGAUAUGUGGUCCCUGGGUCUGAUAGCUGCAGAGCUGGCCAUAGGACAGCCAGUCUACCCUGGUGAAACAGAAUUUGAUGUUCUCAGAUUCAUAAUAUGCACUCAGGGUCAGCCACCAGACUGUGUCCUAGACCGUGGAUUUGAUACAGAGCGUUACUUCAUACAAGAAAAUUGCGGCAAUCGGCACUGGAGAUUCAAGUCUGUACAAGAAUUUCAACAUGACGAAGGAUACCAAAUGCAAGAAACACGAUAUUUUAAGCUUAAGAGUCUUGAUGAUCUUGAGAAAUUAAUGAAAAAGAGAACGGGACACCAUAGUGGUCAGGAUUUGUUGGUCAGCCUGAUUAAACAGAUGCUGCACUUAGAUUGCAAUCAGCGCAUCACACCCAUGGAGGCUCUUCGGCAUCCCUUCUUUGACACUGGCCCCUCACAGAGUUCCUCCAGGAAUACUUGCAUUGACAUGCAGAACAAAGAAGACCCAAGCCUGGUUCUCUUUCAGCAGCCUUCCUAUUGCCAAUCAAAAACACCACACAGCAUUGUCAAAAACCCAGUUGAAUUACUUGAGCAAACACCACUCAACACGACAUUCAACAAACCAUCUGUCCUCCCCAAUGAUCUUGACAUUGUGGAAGGAACCAUACUGGGAAACUCCUACAAAGUGGAGGCUUUGCUGGGAGAGGGCUGCUUUGGUCAGGUAGCAAAAUGUGUCAAUAUCCAAACCAACAAAGCAGUGGCUAUCAAAGUCACUUGGGAAGACUCUGAAAGUCUGGAACAGGCAACAAUGGAAAUGUUAAUCCUCGAGAAGCUGCGAUGCUUGGAUCCAGACAGGUGCAACAUUGUGAAAUGGAAUGGCUUUUUCCUCGACAGGGGGAGAAUAUGCUUAAAUUUUGAACUACUCGAUCAAAGCCUAUAUGAUUACAUGAAGGACCGCAACAACCAAGGUCUUCCCAUAAGUGAGCUGAGGCCAAUUUUAUAUCAGCUGACAAAUGCCCUGUCCCACCUGAGUUCCAUGAAUAUAGUACACACUGACCUGAAACCAGAUAACGUGAUGGUUGUGGACCGCCAUCAGUCUCCUAUCAAAGUCAAAUUAAUUGAUUUUGGACUGGCCUGUUCUGUGUCUUCACUGGAUCCAACUCUCUGUGUGCAGCCUAUAUGGCGCAGGGCGCCAGAGGUAAUGGUCAGUGCUCCAUUUAAUCAAGCUAUUGAUAUGUGGUCCCUGGGUACGAUAGCUGUGGAUAUGGCCACAGGAUGGCCACUCUACCCUGGUGAAACAGAAUUUGAUGUUCUCAGAUUGAUAAUACUCACCCAGGGUCAGCCACCAGACUGUGUCCUAGACCAUGGAUUUGACACAGGGCGUUACUUCAUACGAGAAAAUUGUGGCAGUCGGCACUGGAGAUUCAAGUCUGAACAAGAAUUUAAACUUGACAAAGGACACCAAAUGCUAGAGCCACAAUUUUUUAAGCUUAAGAGUCUUGAUGAUCUUGAGAAAUUAAUGAAAAAGAGAACGGGACACCAUAGUGGUCAGGAUUUGUUGGUCAGCCUGAUUAAACAGAUGCUGCACUUAGAUUACAACCAGCGCAUCACACCCAUGGAGGCUCUUCGGCAUCCCUUCUUUGACCCCAGCCCCUCACAGAAUUCCUCCAGAGAUGCUUGCAUUGACAUGCAGAACAAAGAAGACCAAAGCCUGGUUCUCUUUCAGCAGCCUUCCUAUAGCCAAUCAAAAAGCGCACACAAAAUUGUCAAAAACCCAGUUGAAUUACCUGAACAAACACCGCUCAACAUGACAUUCAACAAACCAUCUGUCCCCCCCAAUGAUCUUGACAUUGUGGAAGGAACCAUACUGGGAAACUCCUACAAAGUGGAGGCUUUGCUGGGAGCGGGCUCUUUUGGUCACGUAGCAAAAUGUGUCAAUAUCCAAACCAACAAAGCAGUGGCUAUCAAAGUCAACAAGAACCGCUUAAAAAGUCUGAAACAGGCAAAAUCAGAAAUGUUCAUCCUCGAACAGCUGCGAUGCUUGGAUCCAGACAGGUGCAACAUUGUGAAAUGGAAUGGCUAUUUCCUCGACAGGGAGCGUAUAUGCUUAAAUUUUGAAUUACUCGAUCAAAGCCUAUUGCAUUACCUGAAGGACCGCAGAAACGAAGGUCUUCCCAUAAGUGAGCUGAGGCCAAUUUUAUAUCAGCUGACAAAUGCCCUGUCCCACCUGAGUUCCAUGGGAAUAGUACACACUGACCUGAAACCAGAUAACGUGAUGGUUGUGGACCGCCAUCAGUCUCCCAUCAAAGUCAAAUUAAUUGAUUUUGGACUGGCCCGUCCUGUGUCUUCACUGGAUCCAAUUGUCCGUGUGCAGCCUAUAUGGCGCAGGGCGCCAGAGGUAAUGGUCAGUGCUCCAUUUAAUCAAGCUAUUGAUAUGUGGUCCCUGGGUACGAUAGCUGUGGAUAUGGCCAUAGGAUGGGCACUCUACCCUGGUGAAACAGAAUUUGAUGUUCUCAGAUUGAUAAUACUCACCCAGGGUCAGCCACCAGACUGUGUCCUAGACCAUGGAUUUGAUACAGAGCGUUACUUCAUACAAGAAAAUUGCGGCAAUCGGCACUGGAGAUUCAAGUCUAAACAAGAAAUUAAACGUGACGAAGGAUACCGAUUGCAAGAAACACGAUAUUUUAAGCUUAAGAGUCUUGAUGAUCUUGAGAAAUUAAUGAAAAAGAGAACAGGACACCAUAGUGGUCAGGAUUUGUUGGUCAGCCUGAUUAAACAGAUGCUGCACUUAGAUUGCAACCAGCGCAUCACACCCUUGGAGGCUCUUCGGCAUCCCUUCUUUGACCCCAGCCCCUCAUAGAGUUCCUCCAGAGAUGCUUGCAUUGAUAUAGAAAACAAACAAACAAACAAAAAAAAAAUAAGACAACACAGAAGACCAAAUCCUUGUUCUGUCUCAGUGUCCAUCCCAUUGGACACAAAUGUAUACAAAAGCCCAAACAGCAUUGACUGGAGUGUCCAAAACCCUGCUGCAUACCUAAAUUCUCCACUGAGCAGCAACAAUGAAGAGUUUGACAUUAAAUUUUAAACCACAAACGAGAGUGGGCAAUUUAGCAGGAAAAGUGCAGAUGCCUUCCACUCCUGUUUCUGCUGAGCAAUCCGUUCUCAUCAAAUUUGCCCAAAUUGUCCACACAGCAAAACCCAGUACUAGUUGAGUUAUGAUUACACCGGCCCAUUAUUAAGUUGCUCCAAAAAAUAUCAUUUGGGCUUUGUUUUUUCUUUCUGUUUUCACUUUCCCCUCACCCACCAGGCGGUCGUGGCAGAUGGCCGUCCCUCUCUGAGCCUGGUUCUGCCGAAGGUUUCUUCCUGUCAACAGGGAGUUUUUCCUGCCCACUGUUGCCAAGUGCUUGCUCACAGGGAAUCACCUGAUUCUUGGGGUGGGGGACUCUUGUGGAAAUUGAAACAAGAAAGAAAGAAAAAGCCUAUUCAAUAACAGAUUUUAUAAUCUUGAUCUUGAACAAAUAACCAUCACAUUCAUCACAGUUUGUCUAUCU